GAAGCAGUGGGCUGAGGUUUUUGUUGCUGGUUGGGGUUACCGGAGACGGGGUGAAGGAGAAACGGCAGCGGGCGGGCGACGAGCCUUCGCUGCCGCCCUAAGAGGGGUGGCCGUCUCUGGGCGCUGGCUCCCGGGCCUGCUCCCGGCUUCCCUUCCGUGUGGCUCGGGUCUUAAGCGCGGCUCUGGUAAACAGUGGGAUUUCGCGCCGGAGCCAGGCCUCCUGUGUUCCCUCUACUCCUGACAGACUUCCGUCCCUGGCCCCUGAGAGUUCCAUCUCCUCUUUCCCCAACUAAUGUUUUGGGCUCUUUUUAAAGGUAAAAUUCUGCCGGGCGGUGGUGGCUCACGCCUUUAAUCCCAGCGCUCGGGAGGCAGAGGCAGGUGAAGCUCUGUGAGUUCGAGGCCAGCCUGGUCUACAAGAGCUAGUUCCAGGACUGGCUCUAAAACUACAGAAAACCCUGUCUCAAAAAACCCAACAACAAAAUAUAGAGGUUUAGACUACUCGAGUGAACCAGCCUUCAGGAACGUUCCAUUCUUUCUUCUAUCCCAGUGCUUACAACCUGGGUACAAAAUUGGAUUGCCACAAGUUGGCCAAGGCAGAGGGCAUUGCGCUUGGGACCUGACACACAUGCCUCAGACAAGAGAAAGAGCCAGCUUCUCAGGUGUCCUUAGAGACGGUCACCCAUUGCAGUGCUGACAGCAGAUUUCGUGGACCAGAAGUGCUUGUUGGUACCUGAUGAGUUAUCUGUUUCCCCUUCUCAGAGCAUUUCUCCGGUUGUAGCUGGCUCUCUGUUCUGAGGGAAGUGCUAGAAUUGUGCCAUCAUGCCCACUGUGGUGGUAAUGGAUGUGUCGCUUUCCAUGACCCGACCUGUGUCUGUCGAGGGGUCUGAGGAAUACCAGCGGAAGCACCUGGCUGCCCACGGCUUGACGAUGCUAUUUGAACACAUGGCCACAAACUACAAGCUUGAAUUUACAGCACUGGUGGUUUUUUCAUCACUUUGGGAACUGAUGGUCCCCUUCACAAGAGAUUACAACACCCUGCAGGAAGCACUGAGUAACAUGGAUGAUUAUGACAAAACCUGCUUGGAGUCUGCAUUAGUUGGCGUUUGCAAUAUUGUCCAGCAAGAAUGGGGUGGAGCAAUUCCUUGCCAGGUUGUUCUGGUGACUGAUGGCUGUCUUGGCAUUGGCAGAGGGUCACUGCGACAUUCCCUAGCUACUCAGAAUCAAAGGAGCGAGAGCAACAGAUUCCCACUCCCCUUCCCUUUCCCGUCUAAGUUGUAUGUCAUGUGCAUGGCCAACCUAGAGGAGCUUCAGAGCACUGACUCCUUGGAGUGCCUUGAACGACUUAUAGACUUAAACAAUGGUGAGGGGCAAAUUUUUACUAUUGACGGUCCCCUGUGUUUGAAGAAUGUACAGUCUAUGUUUGGAAAGCUGAUAGAUCUGGCGUACACACCUUUCCACGCUGUUCUCAAGUGUGGCCACCUAACGGCUGAUGUACAAGUCUUCCCCAGGCCAGAACCUUUUGUUAUAGAUGAAGAAAUUGAUCCUAUCCCUAAAGUCAUUAACACAGCAGAAGGUGAUGAAGUGGGUACUGGCAUCACUGAUGACAAUGAAGAUGAAAAUUCAGCCAAUCAGAUCGCUGGAAAAAUACCCAACUUCUGUGUGCUGCUCCAUGGUAGCCUGAAAGUGGAAGGAAUGGUGGCGAUUGUACAGCUAGGUCCUGAAUGGCAUGGGAUGCUCUACUCGCAAGCUGAUAGCAAGAAGAAGUCAAACCUCAUGAUGUCUCUCUUUGAGCCUGGCCCAGAACCUCUCCCAUGGCUGGGGAAAAUGGCACAGUUGGGUCCCAUUUCAGAUGCUAAAGAAAACCCUUAUGGGGAGGACGACAACAAGAGUCCAUUCCCCCUGCAGCCCAAAAACAAACGCAGUUAUGCCCAGAAUGUGACUGUCUGGAUCAAACCCAGCGGCCUGCAGACAGAUGUACAGAAGAUCUUAAGAAAUGCAAGGAAGCUCCCUGAAAAAACACAGACAUUCUAUAAGGAGCUGAACAGGUUACGAAAAGCUGCCUUAGCCUUUGGUUUCCUGGACCUGCUCAAAGGAGUGGCUGACAUGCUGGAGAGGGAGUGCACCCUGCUGCCUGACACAGCCCACCCAGACGCCGCAUUCCAGCUCACCCAUGCUGCCCAGCAGCUCAAGCUGGCCAGCACCGGCACCUCUGAGUAUGCUGCAUAUGACCACAACAUCACACCCCUGCACACGGACUUCUCAGGGAGCAGCACUGAACGAAUGUGAUGCUAACCUCUGGAGCUUUCCUUCUCUGUUCAUUUUGUCUGAAAAUGAGCCCAUUCAGCCCCAAAUAGCCAUCCAAGGACCUCGAGCUGUCUCAGAAGCAGCACUGCCAGUUUGAAUGUCUCUACUGCGGUCUGAGAAAGGUCCGAAGGGUGGUUGUCUGGGGCUUUCACACUAGCUCCGUGGGGCUCAGUCUGAAACAGCUUUUGGUUCAUGUUGAGCACAACUCCUGAGAAGCUUGGACAGAUGAGGACAGAGCUCCUCUGCCGCCCUCAGGAAGCCUGCCCAGCAGGGGCCUUCCCACAUCCAAAAAGCAACUUUUUUUUACAGGUUUACAUCUCAAUUCCACUGUGCUUAGAAUAAGCAAUCCAGAUGUCUAAAACCUGUCUAAGUACAAACCUGAUGCCACCAAGUUUCAAAAUUUUUCUUAGAACUUGUUAAGAUACAGUGGCAGUGCUCAGGUGCUUCUGGUGUAUCUGAGGUACAAAUCUUUAGACAGUAACCACAUGUGUGUAAAAUCAUUCCUGUUCAUGUUUUUAAAUGAAAAUUAAAUAUUUGAUUUUUCUAUAAAAUGA